AUGAACCCGGAAGGCACCCCGAAAAGAAACCGGGGGAGGCUCUCCCGGUCCCAGAAACCAGAUCCGGACUAUUUUCUGAAUGACCAUUUUUCCCGGUCAUUCAAUCUGUUGAUUCUAGAUGACAUUCAUGACGACCUCAAGCCCAAGAGACCCAUCAACAAAUCGCCUCCGUUCAACCUUAAGAGCGAGUUCAAGGCUGAUGACGAUAUUGGCAGUUUCACUGACGAAGACGAAGCGGUCAACACCCUGGGCAAGACUUCGACUCCUAGCAAGCCCUUGCUCAAACGUUCCUCCAAGUAUUUCAACCUAUCGAUCGAUUCAAACUUUGACCCAGGGCUUUCGCCCAUUGUGGACAAGUCGACGCCGUUCAAUAAGUUCAAAAGGCCACAUAAGCUUGUCAGUCAAUCGCCUUCGCCGCAGUCUACAGCCAAGUUUCUGGAAACGCCGUCGAGAUCGGACCUCAAGUCACACAAGUUGUUCAAAAACGGCAAUAAAAUUCGUGUCCGUUCGCCACUCAAGUUUUCAAACACUCCUGCAAGCUCCUCCCCGGCCCCUGGCAAAGAUGUCUACCUCAAGGCACUUCUCAAGAGCCCCAACCCAAACUUCAAGUGCCUGCUGCCUAUAUUUGGUGGCUACGAUCCUUAUGCUGACGACGAGUCUCCGCUGAGAAACAAGAAGUAUACUCAAUCUAACUCCAACAUUCCCAUUUAUCACGAUGAAGUUAAGGAGAUAGCAACUAGCAGAAAAAAGACACACAGCACGCCGAAUUUCAUCAGCAACGACAAGGAAAAUCAAACAAAGACAUCCUACAAGCUAGUCAAACCUUUACAAACAGCAUUUCGGUCUACGGGCCUCAUGAAGAAGAGCUCCAUGCCUAGCUCCACCAACAAGCUACCGCCUGAGACCCCGAUGAAGAGGAACCCGCUCACAAUGUUGAACAAAGACCACAAUACCACUUCUGAAACAGUCGACUCCAUCAUGAGUCAUGACCACUCGAUCGAAGUAGGGAGAAAUACCAUGGCGGCUGCGAAUGACUCGUCUUCCUCUUUCUUUCACAUUGCAUCUUCCUCGAAACCAUCAACGUCAUUCAACCUCGAUGUUGAUCUUUAUAACGACUUUGACUUGGACGAGGCUGUACCUGAAACACCUACAAAAUCGAAUAGCAGGAGCAAGAUGCUCUCCGCCCUACGAACAAGUUCGAAGCACGAACCCCCUCAGCAUACGCAUGACAAGGAUCACGAACCAUGCACCCCGGUUCUGAACUUCCCUUCACAUUCUGUUCAGUCAUCACAGGCAACAAUUCAUCUCCCGAGUGGUUUAGCCGACAACUCAUAUCUAGAUCUGACACUUACAAUUUCCAGCAAUACGCGAGGAAACGAGAGAGGCUGUGAGAAUGGUCUUGAUCAGGUGGACGAGCACCUCAUAGGCAAGUUUGGCCUCAAGAAUAUCAAUCACAUCGGCACUGGCCAAUUUUCAGUCGCUUUCAAGUGCAAGUUUCAGAAUGAGAGGUUUGCCAUUAAGCGUACUAAAAAGCCUGUGGUUGGAAAGCUCGAGAAACAGUCAAUCCAUAGGGAGGUUGAGGCUUUGAGAUCACUUACCGCAAUUGAUGAUGAGACGGAGGUUGAAGAGGGAAAACAGCAUUUGGUACUUUUUGUGGAGGCGUGGAGCUUCGACAGUUAUUACUACAUCAUGACAGAGUUCUGCGAGGGAGGCACAUUGCAAGCGUUCCUUGAAGAGCACAAAAACUACAAAGUUGAUGAAUUCCGAGUUUGGAAAAUUUUGAUCGAGAUAAUGUCGGGUCUCAAGUUUAUCCAUCUGAAGAAUUUUUUGCAUCUUGACUUAAAGCCCGCCAACAUUUUCAUCACGUUCGAAGGAAGUCUCAAAAUCGGAGAUUUCGGUCUUGCAACUAAAUUACCGAUCCUAGAAAAAGACUUUGACCUUGAAGGUGACAGGAAUUAUAUCGCACCCGAACUCAUAAACGACAAGAUCUAUACCCCUUUCGCCGAUAUCUUCAGCGUUGGCUUGAUAAUCUUGGAAAUUGCAACCAACAUUAUCUUGCCAGGAAACGGUACGCCAUGGAGGAAGCUUAGGAGUGGCGACUUAAGCGAUGCCGGUAAGCUAUCGAGUGACAACAUUAGCGACUUCUUGAAUCACAAUAACUUCUCGUCGUUGACAUCAUACACAUCUUCGCUGAACUCAUUACAAGUUCCACCUUCUGGGCCACAUGGUUCUCACUCUUUUCCAUUGGCUAGUGAUUCACAUCUGAAUCCGUUGCAACCUCCAACCGCAUUAGGCAGCAAAGGCGGGCCUUCUGCUGUCUCAGUGUUUGGUCAAACCACACCUGGAGUUGAUAACGUGAGAGACUUCAUUCCGAAGAACGCACCACAAUUUCUUGUUGUCAACAAGCACAAUCUUGAUAAGCUUGUGAGCCGUAUGUUGAAACCUAGUCCAUUCGAAAGGCCAACGGCUACGCAAAUUCUCGAAAUGCCAGAAUGUGAAGAAAUCGAAAACAAGAGGAAAGCUGGUGCUACUAUUUUCGAGGGUGAAUUUGGACCUAAUGAUGACGACUAA